GCCUUGCUGUGAUUGGUUGGAAAGUAAACUAUUUUCUUCAACUGGAGUCUUCCUCUUUCCACGAUACAUUUUUUUUUUAAAUCAUUCUGGAGUCUUUCUCUGUUUUUAUUAACCGAUCAGAGUGUUUGAGCUACAGAGUAAUAUUAACGGUGCACAGAUUGAUGCAGUUUGUGAAAUUUAAAGACGCCAGCUAAAGCCCACCGCGCAGCAUUUCAGGUUCUCUUACAAAGCACUGGCGGGAUGUUAAAUCUGACCAGCUCAAACAAAUUAGUGUAGCGAUCAUUGGAAGCACAAAGGAUGUUAGCCUUUUCCCCUUUUUCAUUUAACUCUGUGGACUGCUGUUCCUGUCCCAUCGAGCUCGUGUGGACGCUGCUCCGCAUUGCCACCAAUUGCCGGACCAGUUCGGGCUACAUUCCAGGCAGACAGCAGGCAGGCGCCUUGUGCUCUGGAAAACAUCCCUUGGGAGAUGAGGCGUUUAACCUGAGUUUAUUUUGUGGCCCGGUGCCAUCAGCGUUUUUUGCCUCGCCGUCACCUCUGUAGGGAGCGGUGACUAGGAGGCCGGCCCGCCCCUCGCCGCUCCUCGCUCCGCGCGCCGGGGCCGGCGGCCGCGCCGGGCACUACUUUCCGUCUGCGGUGGUUCCGCCGACCCCCGCGGCUCCCCGCCCCCCCGCCGGCGGAAGGAGACGCGCGGCGCGCUCGCGGCGCCCGGCCCGGGAGGCGGAGUAGUACUGGCCGCGGCGCUCGAGCGGCAGCGGCGCCCGGCGGCUUGAGGGCCUCCGGCGGCCGGGCCGGCGUUUCUGUCAGUUUUUCGUGUGUUUGGGUGUGUUUGUGGCUGUAGCCCACGCUGUGAGUCUGAGGACCUUGGUGGCUGUUGGGGCCGCCAAGCGUCCGAGGUCGCUGUGUCCUCCAGGGCAGCGCGUCCGGUGUGCCCCGAGUCGGCGUUCUCCCGCUCGCGGGACCGCCGCGGUCUCCCGGUCCGCUCUCAGCAUGGGCGGCCGGUAAGAGCCGGCGUUCGCAGUUCUCUGGAGAACACGGCCAACGCUGUGGCAGCUCGGGCCAUGGCGGUGGAGACGCGGCCGGAGCUGGUGGGGAAGCGGUUCCUGUGUGUGGCGGCCGGCGACGAGGCGCGUCCGGAGCGCGGGGAGAGCGGACGCUGCUGGCGGAGCUGGCGAGCGGGGGUCAUCCGAGCCGUGUCACACCGGGACAGUCGCGAUCCGGACCUGGCGGUAUAUGUGGAAUUUGAUGAUCUUGAAUGGGAUAAACGAGAGUGGGUUAAAGUUUAUGAAGAUUUUUCAACUUUCUUGGUGGAAUACCACUUAAUCUGGGCCAAAAGGAAUGACCCUAGUCAGACUCAGGGAUCAAAGAGCAAGCAGAUUCAGUGGCCUGCAUUGACUUUCAAACCCUUGGUUGAAAAGAGUAUACCCAGCUCAGUCACUGCAGUAGAAUUCCUUGUAGAUAAACAACUGGAUUUUUUAACUAAAGAUAGUGCCUUUCAGCCUUAUCAGGACGACAUAGACAGCCUAAAUCCAGUUCUCAGGGACAACCCGCAGCUUCACGAGGAAGUGAAAGUCUGGGUAAAGGAACAAAAGGUUCAGGAGAUUUUUAUGCAAGGUCCUUACUCCUUAAAUGGAUAUAGAGUGAGAGUAUAUAGACAAGACUCUGCCACCCAGUGGUUUACUGGUAUAAUUACUCAUCAUGAUCUCUUCACCCGCACCAUGAUCGUUAUGAAUGAUCAGGUACUAGAACCACAGAAUGUCGAUCCUUCUAUGGUUCAAAUGACCUUUCUAGAUGAUGUUGUUCACUCUUUAUUAAAAGGUGAAAAUAUUGGUAUUACAUCACGACGUAGAUCUCGUGCCAAUCAAAAUAUCAACACUGUUCACGGUCAUUAUACACGUGCCCAAGCAAAUAGUCCCAGACCAGCAAUGAACCCCCAAACUGCUGUACCAAAACAGAAUACACACCAGCAACAGCAACAAAGGAAUAUCCGUCCAAAUAAGAGAAAGGGCUCGGAUAGCAGUAUACCAGAUGAAGAGAAGAUGAAGGAGGAAAAAUAUGAUUGUAUAUCACGAGGAGAAAAUCCUAAAGGUAAAAGCAAACACUUGAUAAAUAAAAGAAGGAAGCCUGAGGAUGAUGAAAAGAAACUAAAUAUGAAAAGACUGAGAGCUGACAAUGUUUCAGACUUUUCUGAAAGCAGUGAUUCAGAAAAUUCAAAUAAGAAGGUAAUAGAUAAUUCCUCCAAGCAGAAGCCAGAGGAUGAAUUGAAAAAUAAAAACAAUUCUAAGAUAAAUGGGGAAGAAGGAAAAUCCCAGAAUAAUGAGAAGGCAGAAGAAACAUUGACAGAUAACCAGACUAACUGGGAUCAAAUACAGGAUGAUAAGAAACAGGAAGAAGCAGAAAAACGGAAAUGUGUUGACACACAGCUACAAGAAGAAAUGAAUAUCCAUUCAUCUGAGCAGGCCAUACUUUCUGAUCGCAAUUCUAAUGAUGUACUUCUUCAGGAAUGCAGUAUAGAAAACACAGUCGAAAUAUUACCAAAGGAAAAGUUUACAGCCAGACCACCAACACCAAAAUUUGUUAUUGACAUCACAAAUGACACUAACUCAGAGAAGAUGGUUCAGGAAAGCUCAAGUACCUUUGGUCUUCAGCUUCAAAAAGUGGAUCCUACUGUUAGCGAUUCAAAACAUUCAAUUACCAAUACAAAAUACUUGGAAACAGCAAAACAAGAUUCUGACCAGAGCUGGGCCAGCGAUGUAGUUAAAGUAGAUUUAACCCAAUCAAAUGUUAAAAGUGCUUCUUCUGGAAAUGAUCAUCUAAACAUGGAAAAAGAGAAAAAUCAGUUUGUUCCCUACGUUUCUUCAAGUACAGUGUCUGUUUCAGAAGAUAAGCUACAUAAACGCAGCCCACCCCCAGAGACCGUAAAAUCUAAACUUAACAUUUCAGUAGAUGUUCACAAGGCAAAAUCUAAUCCUUCACCUGAAGUUAAACCCAAAAUUACUCAUUCUCCUGAUUCUUUAAAAUCUAAGGGUACCCAUGUGAAUAGCCAGGCCACUGGUGAAAGAAGACUAGCUAAUAAGAUGGAACAUGAUUUAUCAAGGUGUAGUUUUCAUCCAGUUCCUACUCGAGGCAGUACAAUGGAAACCACUAAGAGCCCCCUGAUCAUUGAUAAAAAUGAGCAUUUUACAGUUUACAGAGAUCCUGCUCUUAUUGGGCCAGAAACAGGAGCUAAUCAUAUUUCACCUUUCUUAAGCCAGCAUCCUUUCCCUCUUCAUUCCUCAUCACAUAGAACUUGUUUAAAUCCAGGUACCCAUCACCCUGCCUUAACUCCUGCACCUCACCUAUUAGCUGGAUCAUCUAGUCAAACUCGCAUACCCAUGAUAGCCAUCAGCCGCACCAACCUUGGUGGCCACCCGCGACUGGACAGUGCUCAUGCCAGCAGCUUGAGCCAUUUAGCACUAGCACACCAGCAACAGCAACAGUUAUUACAGCACCAGUCCCCUCAUCUUCUUGGACAAGCCCAUCCUUCUGCUUCAUAUAAUCAGCUUGGACUUUACCCAAUUAUAUGGCAGUAUCCAAAUGGUACACAUGCUUACUCAGGACUUGGUUUACCUUCUUCAAAAUGGGUUCACCCAGAAAAUGCAGUUAAUGCUGAAGCUUCUUUGAGGAGGAAUUCACCCAGUCCUUGGUUACACCAACCCACCCCUGUAACCUCAGCGGAUGGUAUUGGAUUACUUAGUCACAUUCCUGUGAGACCUUCCAGUGCAGAGCCUCAUCGGCCUCUUAAACUCACAGCACAUUCCAGUCCACCAUUGACAAAGACUUUAGUAGAUCAUCAUAAAGAAGAACUGGAGAGGAAGGCUUUCAUGGAACCGUUACGGUCCGUUGCAUCCACUUCAGCAAAAAAUGACUUGGAUCUAAGUAGGUCACAGACUGGAAAAGAUUGUCAUUUGCAUAGGCAUUUUGUGGAUCCAGUAUUAAAUCAAUUACAAAGGCCAACCCCGGAAACUGGAGAGAGAUUAAACAAGUACAAAGAAGAACACCGUCGAAUUCUUCAAGAAAGUAUUGAUGUUGCUCCCUUUACAAGCAAAAUCAAGGGACUCGAGAAUGACCGAGAUAAUUUUUCCAGAGUAGUGUCAUCAUCAUCUUCUAGUCCUAAAAGCCAUGUCAUCAAGCAGGAUAAAGAUGUGGAGCGCUCAGUAUCAGAUCUGUACAAAAUGAAGCACUCAGUGCCCCAAAGUUUGCCCCAAAGUAACUAUUUUACUACAUUGUCUAAUAGUGUGGUAAAUGAACCACCAAGAUCAUACCCAUCCAAAGAAGUUUCCAAUAUUUAUGCUGAUAAACAGAGUAAUACUCAUGCAGCAACAUCUAAUCCUCAAACUCUGACUUCAUUUAUGUCAUCUCUUUCAAAGCCUCCACCUUUGAUUAAACACCAGCCAGAAAAUGAAAAUAUGGUAGGUAAGAUACCUGACCAUCUUCCCCACCAAGUUGCAUCUCACUCAGUAACAACCUUCAGGAAUGAUUGCCGAAGUCCUACGCAUUUGACAGUUUCUUCUACAAAUACACUCCGCAGUAUGCCUGCCUUACAUAGAGCGCCAGUGUUUCACCCACCAAUCCACCACAGUUUAGAAAGAAAAGAAACCAGUUAUAGUAGCCUUUCCCCUCCAACUUUAACUCCAGUGAUGCCGGUAAAUGCUGGUGUGAAAGUUCAAGAAUCACAAAAGCCUCCAACCUUAAUUCCUGAGCCAAAAGACUGUCAGGCUAAUUUUAAGAGUUCUUCUGACCAGAGUUCGACAGAAAUGUGGAGAUCUAAUAAUAACCUAAGCAAAGAGAAAGCUGACUGGCAUGUGGAAAAAAGCAGUGGAAAGUCACAUGCUGCUAUGGCAUCUGUCAUUGUGCGUCCACCGUCUAGUAUAAAAAUGGAUAGCGUGCCAGCAGUGCAGUUAGCUUCUAAAGACAGAGUUAGUGAAAAAUCCUCAACUGGAGCAAAUAAAACAGAUUGCUUCAAAUCAGCAGAAGCUGGACAGACUGGAAGAAUCAUUCUGCCAAGUGUGAAUUCAGACAGUACUCAAAUAAAAUCUGAAAAAAACUUUCAAGUCUCCCAGAGCAGUGUCUCCAGUUCAGUCAUGUCUGCUGUAAAUACAUUGUGUAACACGAAAACGGAGAUGCUCACAUCUUCAGCCACUACCACAAGUGCUUCCAGCUUGGGGGGUGGCUCAGAAGUCAUUUACUCUUUAUCAAAUACCAUUUUGGUUCCUACAUCAUUAGAAUGUAACACUUCAAAAAGUGUUAGCCAGCCAGUGGCACCAUCACAAGAGUGCAAGGUCAACACUACAGCUCCUGUUCCACUGAUUAGCGGUAAGACAGGAAGUGCUGUUCAGUCAAGUUCUGGAUUCUCAGGCACAACUGAUUUUAUCCAUUUAAAAAAGCACAAGGCAGCAUUGGCUGCAGCUCAGUAUAAAAGUAGUAAUGUCAGUGAGACUGAACCUAAUGUGAAAAAUCAGACAUCAUCACACUCUGUUUCCCUGGAUAGUACUGUAAUCUGUAGUACAGUUAACAAAGCAAGCUCUGCAGGAAAUGGGCAAGCAUCCCAGACAAGUCAACCAAACUACCAUACUAAGCUGAAAAAGGCUUGGCUCACUAGACAUUCAGAAGAAGAUAAAAAUACUAAUAAAAUGGAAAGUUCAGGGAAUUCUGUAUCAGAAAUUAUUAAGCCAUGUUCAGUCAACUUAAUAGCCUCUACAUCUAAUGAUAUACAAAAUAGCUUAGAUAGUAAAGUUAUAGUUGAUAAGUAUGUGAAAGAUGACAAAGUAAAUAGGAGAAAAGCCAAAAGAACUUAUGAAUCUGGCUCUGAGAGUGGAGACUCAGAUGAAAGUGAAAGCAAAUCUGAGCAAAGGACUAAGCGUCAACCUAAGCCAACUUAUAAGAAGAAGCAGAACGAUUUACAGAAGAGAAAGGGUGAAAUGGAGGAGGACUUGAAACCCAAUGGAGUUCUCAGCAGGAGUGCCAAAGAAAAAAGCAAACUGAAAUUACAGAACAACAGUAACAGUGCUGGCAUCCCUCGUUCGGUUUUAAAAGAUUGGCGAAAAGUCAAGAAGUUGAAGCAAACUGGGGAAUCCUUUUUACAGGAUGACUCCUGCUGUGAGAUAGGGCCUAAUUUACAAAAGUGCCGAGAAUGUAGACUUAUACGUAGUAAAAAAGGAGAAGAACCGGCUCAUUCGCCAGUAUUUUGUAGAUUUUAUUACUUUAGACGAUUGUCAUUUAGUAAAAAUGGAGUGGUUAGAAUAGAUGGUUUUUCUUCUCCUGACCAAUAUGAUGAUGAAGCUAUGAGUUUAUGGACACAUGAAAAUUAUGAAGACGAUGAACUAGACUUGGAAACUUCUAAGUAUAUCUUGGAUAUAAUAGGUGAUAAGUUCUGUCAGUUAGUAACAUCUGAAAAAACAGCUUUGUCCUGGGUGAAGAAGGAUGCAAAAAUUGCCUGGAAAAGAGCAGUGAGAGGAGUCCGGGAGAUGUGUGAUGCAUGUGAAGCAACAUUGUUUAACAUUCAUUGGGUUUGCCAAAAAUGUGGAUUUGUGGUUUGCUUGGAUUGUUACAAGGCCAAAGAGAGGAAGAGUUCUAGAGAUAAAGAACUAUAUGCUUGGAUGAAGUGUGUGAAGGGACAGCCUCAUGAUCAUAAACAUCUAAUGCCAACUCAAAUUAUUCCUGGUUCUGUUUUGACAGAUCUUCUAGAUGCCAUGCACAUUCUUAGGGAAAAAUAUGGUAUUAAAUCCCAUUGUCAUUGUACUAACAAACAGAAUUUACAAGGUGGAAAUUUUCCUGCAAUGAAUGGUGUAUCUCAAGUUUUACAGAAUGUUCUUAAUCACAGUAGUAAAAUAUCUCUGUGUGUGCCGGAGUCUGAGCAGCAGAAUAUUCCUGAGAAGUCUGAGGCUAGUGGUAACAGCAGCCCAAGGAGUGACGUCAGCACAGAGAGCAAGUUAACACCUCCAGAGUCCCAGUCACCACUGCACUGGUUAGCAGAUCUUGCAGAACAAAAAGCCAGGGAAGAAAAAAAAGAAAACAAAGAUUUUGACCUUGAUAAACAAAUUAAAGAAGGGCGAGAACAAGACAUCUCUGAUUCUCCAAAUGGCAGAACAUCAUCUCCUGUGUCUCAGAGUAAUGAACAAGGUUCAACUCUGCGGGAUUUGUUGACCACAACAGCUGGCAAAUUACGUGUGGGCUCCACAGACGCUGGCAUUGCCUUUGCUCCAGUGUAUUCAAUGGGAACUGCAAGUGGCAAAAGUGGACGGACUAUGCCCAACAUUCUGGAUGACAUCAUUGCUUCAGUUGUUGAAAACAAAAUUCCACCAAGUAAAUCCUCCAAGAUAAAUGUAAAACCAGAGCCUAAUGAAGAACCCAAAGAAAGCAAAAAACCUGCUGUGAAUGAAAACAAUAAAUUGUAUAGUGAUAUACCACAUUCUUGGAUCUGUGAGAAGCAUAUUUUAUGGCUUAAGGAUUAUAAAAAUAGUAAUAAUUGGAAGCUUUUCAAAGAAUGUUGGAAACAAGGACAGCCUGCAGUGGUGUCCGGUGUUCAUAAGAAAAUGAACAUAAGCUUAUGGAAGGCCGACUCCGUUAGCCUUGAUUUUGGAGAUCACCAGGCUGAUCUGCUGAACUGCAAAGACAGCAUUAUUUCAAAUGCCAAUGUUAAGGAAUUCUGGGAUGGUUUUGAAGAAGUUUCAAAACGACAGAAAAACAAAAGUGGGGAAACAGUUGUGUUAAAAUUGAAAGACUGCCCUUCAGGUGAAGACUUCAAGACUAUGAUGCCAGCAAGGUAUGAGGAUCUUUUAAAAUGCCUACCAUUACCAGAAUACUGUAACCCAGAGGGAAAAUUCAAUUUGGCCUCUCAUUUGCCAGGAUUUUUUGUGCGCCCUGAUUUGGGACCCAGAUUGUGCAGUGCCUAUGGUGUAGCUGCUGCUAAAGAUCAUGAUAUAGGAACAACUAAUCUCCAUAUUGAGGUUUCUGAUGUUGUAAACAUUCUAGUCUAUGUUGGCAUAGCAAAAGGAAAUGGCAUUCUCUCAAAAUCAGGAAUACUCAAGAAAUUUGAGGAGGAAGAUUUGGACGACAUUUUAAGGAAACGAUUGAAGGACUCAACAGAAACACCUGGUGCUUUGUGGCAUAUUUAUGCUGGGAAGGAUGUUGACAAGAUAAGGGAAUUUCUUCAAAAGAUUUCAAAAGAGCAAGGCCUUGAAGUUCCCCCAGAACAUGAUCCAAUACGUGACCAAAGCUGGUAUGUAAACAGAAAGCUCCGCCAAAGGCUGCUUGAAGAGUACGGAGUCAGAACUCGCACUCUGAUUCAGUUCCUUGGUGAUGCCAUUGUUUUACCUGCAGGCGCACUACAUCAGGUACAGAAUUUUCACAGCUGUAUUCAGGUAACUGAAGACUUUGUGUCUCCAGAACAUCUGGUACAGUCAUUUCAUUUAACACAAGAGCUGAGGCUUUUGAAAGAAGAAAUCAAUUAUGAUGAUAAGCUACAGGUUAAAAAUAUCUUGUAUCAUGCAGUCAAAGAAAUGGUGAGAGCUUUGAAAAUACAUGAAGAUGAAGUGGAGGAUAUGGAAGAAAAUUAAGUCUUGUCCAGUUUGAUGGUUUUAGACUGUUGAACUGGUAUUACUUAUUCUUGAAUGAGAGGAUGUAUGCACACUGACUUAAGCUUCAUAAAACCAUCAGUGCCAAGAAAUUCUCUUUGUAGUAAUUACUUGUUACUGACACCGCAGCAGUAUAGCAUUAUGUCACAGCUACUGUGAUUGAAUGUUAGUUAUAAAACAAGAUAAAUUGGGGGGGGGACGGGAAACAGCCCUACAUAGCUGUUUCUGUAUUAUAGUGUAUAUGAUGUUUGUGAAAAUGCCAGAUUUAAAAUGAUGUAUUUAUUUUUGGUAAAAAAAAAAAAAAUACUAAAUUCUAUGCUAUAUUGUUGAUCAAGUGUAAAUGUGACCUUGUACAGUUUACUAAAAUAACCAAUAUUUUUCACUACAUUGAGACAGUUACUGUGAGAAUAGGACACAAACACCAGCUAUUGCCUGCAUUUGGGAAAUUGCUGAAUCGCACAGCAGUCAUGUUGUAAUCAGAAAAUUACUGCCAAAUAACUGUAAAAUUUGUAAGAUAAAAAGUGUAUAACGUAGAUACUAAAUACAGACUCUUCAAUAUUUUGUUGAAGCUAUUGACUGUACAAUUAAACAUUUUCAGAAGGUGUAAUUUAUUUAAAAUUGUCUCAUUUUGGUAAAAUUUAUGUGAACUUUUAAAGCUAAAUAUUAAACUUAAUAUGCUAUGUAAAUAUAUACAUAUAUACAUUUAAUGAUGUAUUUUUUUAAAACAUUGGCUUGCUUUUGUUAAAGUGCAAGUGUUACAUAUGGCUUUGUACAUUAAAGUUGAAAGGGGUUUUACAUUUUCCAUUAAAAAGACUUU